CCCGUGUAUGGAAAGUGUAGUGUGAACGCAACGCAUACGUAGCAGGUAGCACUAGUUUGUGGAUAGGCCAGCCUAGCAAUUUCUCAUACCAUAUUGAUUGUUGAUAACUGUAUCUCGUGGAUUUUCGUAUUGCAAACAUGUGUUGGUAUUUCUAAAAGGUCUUUCUAGUUGAUGAAUUGCAGUUUGAAUAUUUGUGCAAGACUAAAUAUUGAAGAUGUCUGACAAAAGCAGUGUAUCUGGUGGUGAUUUGUUUACUGGAUGGCUGUACAAGUGGACCAACUAUUUAAAGGGAUACCAACGAAGAUGGUUUAGCUUAUCAAAUGGACUUCUCUCAUACUACAGAACGCAAGCAGAGGUUGCACACACAUGUCGCGGUACUAUUAACUUAGCAGGUGCUUACAUCGACACGGAAGACUCGUGUAACUUUGUCAUCUCUAGUGGAACUCAGACAUUUCAUUUGAAGGCCAGCUCGGAGGUAGAAAGGCAGAAAUGGGUGACUGCAUUGGAACUAGCAAAAGCCAAGGCUAUUCGAAUGACCGAGGAGUAUUCAGAUGAUUCUGGUGAGGAGCUCCCACAGACAGAAGCGGACAAAGCAGACAUUCAAAAUUCCAUGCGCAGUUUUGGCAACAAACUUGAGGAUUUGAACACUUGUAAUGACCUGAUCGUAAAGCAUGGUGCUGCUCUCCAGAGGGCGCUAAGUGAUCUAGAAUCAGUGCAAGAGACUUCGGAGCUUCCAACCAAAAUUAAAGCUAUCACAGAACGUGCUACUCUUUUCAGAAUCACAUCCAAUGCUAUGAUAAAUGCUUGUAACGAUUAUCUAGAUUUGGCUCAAACUCAAACUAAAAAGUGGCAAAGAACUUUGAUAUCGGAACGUGAUCAACGAAUACGUUUAGAAGAAACGUUAGAACUGCUUGCGAAACAGCAUAACUCAUUAGAACGAGCUUGUCGAAGCGACCGAGGACCUGACAGUCUUGGUACACAAGAUUGUCCGCAUCCAGCUGGAGAGUUUAGUGACGAAGACGAACCUGAGUUCUUUGAUGCCGUUGACGAAUCUCCGGCUGACAAAUUCACAGUGUCACUUCCAAGGGCAACAGCACUGAAAUCACACAGACGUCAAGGUAGUGAACACAGCUGCAACAGUAUAGGGGGAGAGGCUCGCAUCAACGACGAGUACAGCAGUGAUGAAGACAAGAUGCCCGAAAGAGAUGAAGCUCGAGUCAUCUCGAUCAAAGGGAACUUAGAUAAAAGGGGAGAGGACUCAGCACUGAUUUCAGGGACAGGACCUGUUGUCAGGAAGGGUAGACAGAGGCGAUCAACAAUUCCAGAGAGACCCAACCAUAGUCUCAACCUCUGGAGUAUCAUGAAAAAUUGCAUCGGCAAGGAAUUAUCCAAGAUACCAAUGCCGGUGAAUUUCAAUGAACCUCUUUCAAUGUUACAAAGGUUUGUAGAAGACUUAGAGUAUGCCGAUAUCUUAGAUAGAGCUGCUGAGUGUAAAACGACAGCCGAAGAGUUAGCGCACAUCGCUGCGUAUACAACAUCAAUGUAUGCUGCAACGUCGUACCGUACAUCCAAGCCAUUUAACCCCCUGCUGGGAGAGACAUACGAGUGUGAUCGAACCAGUGACCUUGGAUGGAAAGCAUUCACAGAACAAGUAAGCCAUCACCCCCCAGCUGCUGCUAUGCAUGCUGAAGGCAAAGAAUGGGAACUGUGGACUGACAUAACCAUCUCUAGUAAAUUCCGGGGCAAGUAUCUUCAGAUAUUCCCCCAGGGUGUUACUCAUCUAAAGUUCAAGUCCUCUGGCAGUCAUUAUACAUGGCGGAAAGUACCUCUCACUGUGCAUAACAUUAUCGUUGGCAAGCUCUGGGUUGAUAAUGCCGGAGAUUGCGAAAUUGUAAAUCACACGACAAAAGAAGUAUGCCGGAUGACGUUUAAGGCAUAUAGUUAUUUCUCCAGAGAUAUUCCAAGAAAGGUAACUGGCGUUGUAACGGACAGCCACGGUACCGCUAAGUAUGUGCUGUCGGGAACGUGGGACAAGAAGAUGGAGUGUGCUCAAGUAGUUAAUAUCACUGUUGAUAAGUCAAGUAAAGAUAAGCCAGUCUACCAGACAGGCCCUGCUAAGUUACUAUGGGCUAGGAGACCAUUAGCACCUGGUUUAGAAAAGAUAUAUUACUUUGGAGAUCUAACAAUGACUUUAAAUGAAAUGGAGGAAGGGGUAGCACCAACCGAUAGUAGGUUACGUCCUGAUCAACGAUUGAUGGAACAGGGACAAUGGGACGAUGCAAAUAAAGAAAAACUGAGGCUAGAAGAAAAACAAAGAGCUUCCAGGCGUAGGAGAGAGGAGGAUGCUAAACAACAUGCAGAGGAAGGAAAAGUUUAUGAAGCAUACAAACCAAAGUGGUUCCAUCGAGAAAUGGAUGCAUUUAGCAAGACUGUUUCUUAUAAAUUCACAAAUGAGUAUUGGCAGAGUAAGAAAAAGCAUGAUUGGUCAAGAUGUGCAGAUAUAUUUUAAUCUGGCCAAUCACAAAAUUUGUACCAAAAUGUUGAAGCAGGUCCACAAUACAAGAUAUAACUUGAUACCAUUGAAAA